UUUGUCUUCACAUAUAUCUGUUUACAUCCCUGGUGGCCAAACAUGCACCACAUUAACAUCAAGUGUUACUCAUCUGCUCCCACACACACACACACACACACACUCUAUGGGCUUGUUUAUGACAUUACAGUAGCCAUCCGUUAAAGUCACAACCGAGCUGCUCAGCAUUGAUGUUCCUGGUCUGUGACGCUACGCCACUUCCUGUGUGCUUCAGAUUUUAGAUUUGCCCUUUUUUUUGGCGGAUGACCUAAUUCAGGGCUUUACUGGGACGUUCAUGUGAAUGACAUGUAGUCCCACCAAUCGGGACCAAACAGGUGUGCUGACGACUCAAAUCUCCUCCCCUACUGACAUCCUGUGAGAAAGUUCAAAAUGUGUGUGCACCUGGAGAGCUCCUCUCUUUACUUUUCAUCCUCCUGUCAAACACACACACACAUAGAGACAGUACAGAGGCAGAUACACAAACUCACUUGGCUGUUGAAGUCAUGUCAGAGACACAAAGAGCGCUCACACAAAAUCCUCUGGAGAAGAUCUGGGUCCCAUGGAUGAAAAGCAGACUGAGCCAACGCAGAGGCUCAUCGGUGCCCCAGUUCACCAACUCCCCGACCAUGAUAGUGAUGGUGGGACUCCCGGCGAGAGGGAAAACCUACAUCUCCAAAAAGCUCACCAGAUACCUGAACUGGAUCGGCGUUACGACUAAAGCGUUCAAUGUCGGGCAGUAUAGAAGAGAUGCCACACGGUCCUACAAAAGCUUCGAGUUCUUCAGACCCGACAACACAGAGGCCAUGAAGAUACGCAAGGCCUGUGCCAUCACUGCCCUCAAAGAUGUGUGUGAGUACUUCACCAGAGAGCAGGGGCAGGUGGUGGUUUUCGAUGCCACCAACACCACCCCAGAGCGCAGAGAGGUCAUCCUCAGCUUUGCCAAGGAAAACGGUUACAAGGUCUUCUUUGUGGAGUCCAUAUGUGAUGAUCCAGAAAUCAUCGCUGAGAAUAUUAAACAAGUGAAGCUGAGCAGCCCCGACUAUGCCGACUGUGACAAAGAGGAGGCUGUGGCUGACUUCCUGAAGAGGAUCGAAUGUUACAAGUUGACCUACGUCCCACUGGAUGACAACAAGGACAGGAACUUGUCCUACAUAAAAAUCUUCAACGUGGGCAGCAGAUACCUGGUGAACCGGGUCCAGGACCACAUUCAGAGCAGGAUAGUCUACUACCUCAUGAACAUCCACGUCACACCAAGAUCCAUCUACCUGUGUCGCCACGGAGAGAGCGAACUCAACCUCGUGGGUCGCAUCGGGGGAGACUCCGGGCUGUCGCCUCGCGGGGCAAAGUUUGCCAGUGCUCUGGGUGAGUACAUGCGUGGGCAGUGUAUCACUGACCUGAAGGUGUGGACGAGCCACAUGAAGAGGACCAUCCAGACCGCAGAGGCUCUGGGAGUCCAGUAUGAACAGUGGAAGGCCCUCAAUGAGAUAGACGCUGGGGUUUGUGAGGACAUGACAUAUGAGGAGAUUCAGGAGCAUUACCCAGAGGAGUUUGCACUGAGGGACCAAGACAAGUAUCGCUACCGUUACCCUAAAGGAGAGUCGUAUGAGGACCUUGUCCAGCGUCUGGAGCCGGUGAUCAUGGAGCUGGAGAGGCAGGAGAACGUAUUAGUCAUCUGUCACCAGGCUGUGAUGAGAUGUCUGCUGGCCUACUUUCUGGACAAGAGUGCUUAUGAGCUGCCCUACCUGAAGUGUCCUCUCCACACAGUUCUGAAACUCACCCCAGUCGCCUACGGUUGUAAAGUGGAGUCUGUCUUCCUCAACAUUGAAGCUGUUAACACACACAGGGACAAACCAGAGAACGUGGACGUGAACAGAGAACCGGCAGAGGCGUUAGAGACGGUCCCAGAACACAUCUAGAGGAGGAAACGCAACAGGGACCUGGAUCAUUUCCAUCCACCCUCAUGGAAAGUGGCCUUUUUUAAAAUUUAAUGAAUCAUACUGUUCAUUGUUAUUGUGGUCAUUGUUGUGAAAUAGACAAACUUUAUCUGAUAUGUGAAAAUGAGACAUUUCACCUACAGCAUUUCCACCGUAGAUGCACUUUAUAAUGCAGGGCUCAGGUCAACUGUCUGUGAUAUAAAGAAGAGGAGUCCUUUACUGUGAAAAACUACUGAACACUGUCCAGAGGACCAGGAUUACUGUGGGAAUAUUCUUGUAUAUUUCCUCUUCCCUUCUUGUACUAUAAGUACUUGUACUCUUAACGUGAACUGGCAUGUCGGUUUGAGCCAUUUGCAAUCUUCCUCCACAUUCAGAGGUAUAUUAUGAGAAUCAGAUGACUGGUAAGAAGGUAUUAUUUCUGAGAGGCUGUGGUUUUGUUACUCGUAGUCACAGCGGUAUGAAGAGGAGAAAAGAGUUUUCACAGUGUUGACUAAAAGCUGAAGGAGACUUUAGGGAAUAUUUUGACAUUUUGAGAAAUUUGCUUUCUUGCCGAGUUAGAUGAGUCAAUACCAAUAUCAAUACCACACUGGUGUCUAAAUAUGACGUGACAGAGAUAUGACAAUUAGCUUAGCAUAGCAUAAUGACUGGUAAUCGGGGCAACAGCUAGCCUGGCUCUGAGAAAUCUAACAAAAAUCUUCCUACCAGCAUCUCGAAAGCUCAAUAGUUAACACCUUAUAUCUUGUUGGCUUUAUCCAUGCAAAAAAAACAACCUCAUAUGCACAACAAGACUCAAAAAUAUAGCAUUGAAUUUUAAAGUAAAACAAAUGUAGUUAAGUUUACAUUCACACAUGUUGCGUAUCCUUCCACCUUCCUUGUUUUAAAUUGAGAAUUGUUUACAUCCGUGUUAACUAGUUGCAGUCUUCUUCUACACUGACUUUGUGUUUCCUGGUGCCACCAACUGUCAAUCAGGAGAAGAGCGUGAAACCAACAGAACGAUGUGAAUCGUAAAAACAUCGCUCCAAAGUGUUACUAGUGGUCACACUCCACAGGACCACCUUUUUUAAUUAGCUUCACCUAGAAAGUAAAAUUUCCUCAGGAGACCCUUGUUUCAAUAAAGGACACGAUAGUGUAAAUAAAUUCAUGUACUUCUUUCCUCGUGUCUCUAGAUUUGGUCUCUAGUCAGAAAACAUGUGUUUGUAAACACAGUUUCAGCUCUUACUGGAGUCUGCACUGGUUGCUUGACUCCAGGAAGUCACCGCUUCCUUGGUAGAUGUUGUUAACCUUUGGACAGACCCGAGCUAGCGGUUUUCCUUUGUUUCCAGUCUUUAUGCUAAGCUGAGCUAACCGCCUGCUGGCCCCAGCUUCGUAUUUACCAUACAGAGACUCGGGUGGCAUCAAUCUUCUCAUCUAACUCCCUGCAAGAAAGUGAAUAAGUGAAGUGUCGAACUAUUCCUUAAACUUAAACUGGCCUGUAAGUUCGAGUCAUUUUGUGUCAUGUCUAAAUUCACAGAGGAACAUCAUACAAGUAUCCAAAUUACUCUGGUAAAUGGCUUUUGGGUGGAGGUGGUGGUGUAACUUGUUGCAGUGGACAUGUCACGGUGUUGUACGUUGGUAUAAAUGCUGAAUGAAACUAGAAGGGACAUUUGGCACUUUAACUGCCCAAUACCAUGAUGUGCCUCACACAAGUCAAAUCUACAUGAGUACUCUAUGCACCCUCCAUACAGACUGGAGGCAGAUGCAGGCCUUGUACUCUGUGUGUGUACUGUACUAUGUUUUUAACGAACACACCUGAGGGGAUCUGGUGCAAACGUGUUUUAUUUAAAAUUUGGAACUAUUUUACAGAUGACUGAUGGCUGUUUGUUAAACCUUGGUGAACUACAUUAUGUUCAUGGUCUUCAUGAUCAGUUUAGUGCAGCUGUGUAGUGAUCAGGGUUACUUGGGUCUUAAGUCAGGAUCUGGGGCCUCUUUGGUUUACCUGGCUUUACUGAAUCCAACAUCAGGGAACCUGGAAUAACUGGUAUCACGAAGCUGCUUCUCAGCAAACUCUGUCAAACACUCAGAAAGUGAUAAUCACCAAUAUACAAAACAAUUAAUCGCACAGCUUGAAGAGAAUAAGAUGCUGUAAAAACAUUCAGAAAUAAUAUCCAAAUAUUAAAAGUAGUGCUAAAGCUCCUAAUGUGGGAAAAGUCGUAGCCUAAAUGCCAACGUAAAACCAACAAAAAAGUGAUUCUGCUGCCAGACAUCUGACCAAAAUGUUGCACUUAUAAUUGAUUGGGAACUAAUUCACCUGUGGAUUUUAUUUUCUGAUAAAAGUUAACCGAGGGUAUACUUUUAUUUCCAGUUAUCAUCAUAAAGUCGUCUUUUUAGUCCUGAGCUGCAAUGAUUUUAAAAAGUUGGUUAUAACAUAUAGUUUGGUGAAUUAUGCCUCAGCUGUUUUAAACUAAAACAGACACAUGUAAGCUCUUUCCCUUUUGUUUUAGAUAGGAUCCCAUAGGAGUAAUUAUGCUUUAUUUUUGCCAAUGAUACUACUGAUAUCAGCCCGAUACAGACUCAAAUAGCUGGAUCCGGUAUCAGUGACGAGAUGGUCAAUCUAUUCAAUUACACGUGUACUACACAAUGUGUCAGCAGUGGGCACAAUGACCCAAACAUUUUGCUAGGAGAGCCACAUAGCAUUUUGUUUUACAAAGUUAGGAAGCAAUGUCAAGCGUGAUGUUGCCUUAUACAUAAAAUAUUGAUUUCCAGUCUCGUCCUCACAGUGAGGAUUACAUCUUCUUCAUCUUCUUUACACUUGUAUGAGAUCGGUACUCAGCAUCAGCCGAUACCCAAAGUCCAGGUAUUGUAUCGGGACUGAAAAAGUCAGAUUGGUGCAUCCCUACUGACUGGUCAGUAGUCGAGCUCUUGACAGCUUAUGAUUUUUUCCUCUGAAGUUAAACUUCUGGGGAGCUGAUUAGCCCUGCAGCAUAAGUUAGCAUCAUUAGUGAUCUGUCGCAAAAAAAAAAAAAAAAAAAAA